GAUGGCUCAAAAAGGUCCUGAACCCGUUACUGAGGAGAAUGAGUAUACUGUCGAGAAAAUACUCAAAGCUUGUGUAUUCACGACGGGUCCGAAUAACUCUAAGAAGCUAUGGAAAUACCGAGUGAAGUGGCAAGGAUACAGCAAUGAGGAGAAUUCAUGGGAACCUGCAGAGUCCUUCGUGGAGUCAGAAGAGAUGAUUGAUGAUUUCUGGGGUCAUGUCGGCAUGGUACCGCGUCCUAAAGCCUCGCAAUAUAGUUUCCUCGAGGAGAUUGUCCCGGAUGAUUAUGCCGAAGAAUCCGUUCGGCAAAUGAGAACCAAACCUUUGGCCCAAACUCCUCUAAGAAAUGGCCGAAAACGGAAGACAGCAGAUCCCGUCACCCCUGAACCCAAACGAAAGCGUAAUAAUGUUAUAAAACCCACUGCGCCCAAAUCAUCGCCCAAAACCACUUCCAAACGCACCGCAAACCCUAAAUCUCGCUCGAGGAAGCGUGCGGCAACACCAACACCCAAGGAACUCACACCAAUACCACAAGCAACAGGGUACAACUCCGAGAUGGACGCUGAAGGAGAAACCGUCACCGAUAUCGUCGAGACACGCUCCGACCCCGGAGAACUGGAUCCUUCUUUUCCCGUAUCCUUUUCGCAAUCCCAGUCUCAGUCCCAGACUCAAUGGCAGUCUGACUUCCAACCACCACCAUUGCCACUAAAUGGUCAUGACCAUUCCGAACCUCUUUCUGCUAUCGAAAUCGGCAUGAAUGCCCAGACGGAUGCGACGAAGACUGCGACCACAUCCGCUUCAGCCUCUGGUUCGGCAGGCUCGAACCCCCAUGUCCACGCCCAUCGAAUACCCGCCGCCGCCAUCUUCGCAGGGAACUUCGACCUAUACGAUAUGAGUCUUCCCUUCCUCAAAGACGCUUUUCUCGGCACAGGUCUUGCACGAGCCAUGCCACUUCCGAAUUACCAGGCUCUAUACGACGAGAUGAUAUCUUACCAGCUGCGAAACGACUACACGGCGCAAUUCUACCUUGCUGCAGCUAAUGAUAAUGAUAGGGGAGCACCAUCACAGAUGAAGGCGAGAGGGAUUAUGGAUGAGAAGGAGCGGCCUCGGGAUAUAAGGCUGCUUGAUCUUCGAGAGGUUGAUCAUGUGGUUUUUGAAGGUUCGGAGCGAGGAUUCUUUCAUUGUAUGGAGGAUAUACCCGAUGGAAUGGGUGUUGUGGGUGAGACGAGUACUUUGGGUGGAGGUGGACAGGGGAUAUUCAAGUUAACUCGGGCAUGGGUGGAACUGGACGAGGGAGAGGGAGAAGGAAAAGCACCCGCGGAGUCGGGUUUGCCUGUUAAGGGGAAGAGCACGAGACCAAAGGAGGUGUUCGAGGGGUGCUUCAAGCUCGGUUUUCCAGGAGGCGGUAAGACGCACCAGUCCGCGUUUUGGGCCGUUAGGGCGAGGGUAGAGAGAAGGAAGGAGCUCGGACUGGUGAAGAACGCUCCGCCACCUUUGUGA